UCAGUCGGCAACUUCGGUUGCAGUCAGUUCGUGUAAUAUGGGCAAUAGUCGGUCUCCUUCGACAGAAAUUAUUGAAGCUGCCUCUUGACUCAUGACUAAUCUCAGAUGGUAGUAGUACUACUGUAUCUAUCUAUCGACUCUUGAAUCUUGAUUUCUUUUUCAUUCUGAAAGUCUUUCUUUGCUGCAAGUCCUUGAACUCCUCAAACCACUCACUGUUAUUUCUAUUCUACCUCUCUACAAAUUAAACCAAGUUGCCCACACAAACUACAGAUCAAAACUGAUCAUAUUUCAGUUGAUGAAAUCAGUAGUCAUUUCUAUUAGUACUCGAUGCCAUCUUUACAAUCAUCGUUUCUACUUUAUAAAAUCAUUAAUUUCCAACUUUUCUUCAUCAAUCUCAUAACUUAUCUUUCUUUUUCAUCCUCUUCUUCAUGUCCUCCAUUUAUUUCGCCACCUUCAUUUCCACUUGGUUACAGUCACCAAUCUUUUCAGAUCCAUUGCUCCAUUAAUAACUUCAGUUUCCCUAUUCUUCACCAUCAAUCCAAUCAUCUUUCCAUUUCUCUUAAUCAAUCCAAUUAUACCUCUACCCAUCAUAGUCAUUGUUCUAAUUUUUCUCUCAAUAAUUCACCAUUUAAGUUUUCUCAUUCUUCAUGUUUUAAGCUCUCUGUUCCCAGACAAUGUCUACCGCUAAGACUACCAAAUUGUAGUCGGGAAUGCCCUCCAUUUAAGUUAGUUAUCCAGAUUGAAUCGAAUGAAAUUCAUCAUUCUUACUUAGGCAACUGCAAAAUUUGCCAUGCUGGAAAUGGAAUUUGUGGGUUCAAGUCAACUGAUUCUACUAAGUCUUUUGUUUGUCUUCAUCAAGCCCGAUCUCAAAUUUCAUCACCAUGGAUCUAUAGAGAUAAUCCGAAUCGAAUCGUUAUAUUAUGCACUGUCGCAAUUGUUUCAUGUUUAGUACUUGUUAUUGUUGCUAGAAUGUUGGUAAUUCGGUGUAAAGGAAUGAAAUCAAUGGUAGUUGGAGAAGAUCCAACAACAGUGUUUCUUCAUAGGCACUGUUCCAUACAUCUUCUUCCACCAGUUUUUAGUUUCCAGGAAUUGGAAUCGGCUACGAAUAUGUUCAACUCGAGGCGGAAAAUCGGUGACGGAGGGUUUGGAUCCGUUUAUCUUGGAGAACUUUAUGAUGGCAGAAUUGUGGCUGUAAAAGUGCUCCAUAGAAAUCCGUCAGCUUCAAUGAAAUCGUUUUGUAACGAAAUUUUAAUCCUUUCAUCAAUAGAUCACCCGAAUCUCGUCAAGCUUCAUGGAUAUUGUAGUGAUCCAAGAGGACUUCUUCUUGUUUAUGACUAUGUCUCUAACGGGACUUUAGCUGAUCAUCUCCAUGGCUCCAAAAGCUUACUCAAAAAAGGAUCUUUAACAUGGCAGGUGCGAGUUGAAGUGGCGUUGCAAACAGCUGUGGCGCUCGAGUAUUUACACUUUAAAGUGGAGCCAGCAAUUGUUCAUAGAGAUAUAACCUCAUCAAACAUUUUUGUUGAGAAAGACAUGAAAAUAAAAGUUGGAGAUUUUGGGCUCUCCAGACUUCUUAUCUUUUCAGAUACUUCGUCAACAUCUUCAUCAUCAUCCGGAUUUGUCUGUACAGGUCCUCAAGGGACUCCUGGUUACUUGGACCCCGAAUACCAUCAUUCAUUCAGAUUAACAGAAAAGAGUGAUGUUUAUAGUUUUGGUGUGAUUUUGUUUGAAUUGAUUUCUGGUAUGAAAGCUGUGGAUUUGAGCCGAGCGAAACAAGAGAUUGCGUUGGUGGAUUUGGUAGUGGGGAAAAUUCAAGUAGGAUUGCUGCAUCAAGUCCUGGAUCCUGUUUUGAUAGUUGAAGGUGAAUUUACUGGAGCUAUUGAUGCUAUAGCUGAGUUAGCAUUUCAAUGUGUUGCUGCUGAUAAAGAUGAUCGUCCCAAUACUAAAGAAAUUGUAACUGAACUGAAACGAAUAAAGAAUCAUACUCAUGGAUGUCGUAACUCUAAUGUGGUCGUCCCUGAGCUAUCUAAAGUUUGAUAGUUUUGUGACACUUUGUAGUUCAUUGUACAAUAGUUGCUGGAAGUAACAAAAAUAAAAUAAAAUAAAAUACAAACUCCAGAUUUAUAGCAAAA